CAUACACACGCACAACGUAUAUAACCCAUAGGAAUGUUAUUUACUGAGCAUGAGGCAGCGAAUAUAUUAGAGAUUAGGGUGUAAAGAUAAGGGGUUAGGGAGUAAGGAUUAGGGAUUAGGGGUUAGGGAGUAAGGAUUAGGGAUUAGGGGUUAGGGAGUAAGAAUUAAGGGUUAGGCUUUAGGGUGUAAGGAUUAACGGUUAGGGGUUAGGGUGUAAGGAUUAACGGUUAGGGGUUAGGGUGUAAGGAUUAAGGGUUAGGGAUUAGGGUGUAAGGAUUAGGGGUUGAGUGUUUUGGUUGGAGGAUUAUGAAUUAGAUUUAAGUAUUAGUAGUAUUAUUUAUUAAUUAUAUUUGUGUGUAUGUGUGUGUGUGUGUGUGUGUUAGUCUACUGACCCAUGGAGCAAGUCGUGAUCAGUGAAGUAUAUCGGGGUUUCCCUAUGACGCCAUCGCCCCGCCCCCUCCGUGACUGAAGACCGAUACUGCGAGUUCCCCUUUUCGUUUCUGUGGCUGCUCGCGCGAUACCGAGCGUCUCUCUCUCACACGUUCAGUGGAAAUGCGGCGCGGCUCUCUGUUCCUGUUGGUCGUCAUUUCAGCGCUGCAGCUAGUAAGCGCAGGUGACGAUCCUGUAGUGCACAAUGUGCAGGGGAUUGUGGGUGGAAGUGUAAAAAUUAACUGUGAGCUGGAGCACCCACACAUCGUUAACAGAGUUUACUUCCAGAAGACAGAAGAUGGUCAGGAAAUCUUCAUCAACGGGUUUUACUCCAGAGGUCCACUCACAGUGCCUGAAGAGUACAAAGAUCGCACCAUCGUCAACCAAACAGAACUCAGCAUGGAGAUGUACAAGCUCUCUCCUGCCGACGAGGGAGAGUACACCUGUAUCAUCUUUUUCAGUAGUGACUCUCUCAUAAAAAAAAACAAGUUUCACCUCACAGUUACAGCCAAUUACAGCGUUCCCGUCAUAACCCGCCAGGGUUGCGGCAGUGACCCAGCCGACCAUAACUGCGUGAUCGGAUGCUCGUCCUCAGGGGGAUAUCCUCGCAGUAAUGUAACCUGGGGUGUGAUCGGAGCUGACAUGAGCAGCCUGCUGCAGAGCGAAGGGGACCCUGUGUUUACGCAGGACAGAGACUCACUCCUUUGGAACGUGUCCCACGUUGUUAUGCUGAACUGCAGCCGGAUGCUGAACAUCACCUGCUCUGUUAGGGGAGUCGUGUCACAUGCUCUCAGUGUCUGUGAUAUUCCUGCUACCCCAGAUAUUAUCACACCAAUUGCAGGUGUUGUGCUGUUGCUGGUUCCCAUUACGCUCAUUGUGAUUGCUAUGAUAAAGUGCAGAAGAAGACAACCCUCAGCAGAGCUCUCAACAGAUGCCGAGCUCGCAAGUUUAAACUCAGGUCAGGCUGGAUGAACACGGCGAAACACACGCUUUCUGAAAACUUGACCUGAAGAUCCGUGUGUGUGUGUGUGUGUGUGUGUGUGUCUGAUGGACAGAUGAAGAAGCAGACGGACUAUCAGAGUUCGUACACACUCUGCAGCUAACGGACAAGCGCGGUUCGAAGUCAAACCUGCGACUACGGCAUGUCUGAUCUGCUGGAAGAGCCAGACACAGCAUCAACAACAACAACAACAUUCAUUUCUAUUUUGUUUUUUAAAAAAAGUUUUUGUUACUGAAGAAAUGUUACAUUUCUUUCGAUGAAAUGUGAUCUGUCAUAUUGAACACGAUGGCAUUUCAGAACACUGACAAAACCAGCUUAACGUUCAGGUUUCUGGCUUUAACAAAUAUAUUAGCUUAACAUUUAUUAACGUAACAUUUCUGUAGAUUAGCAUAACACUCAAAGCAUAGCAUUCAUCUUAGAUAGCUUAGCAUUCACAAACUGCAGUUUUCUACACGGAGGCACGAUAAAUUAAAUACGCGUUAACAAAUUGGCUUGCUUGCUAGCUAGCUACUACGGAAACACGGUGCAAACAUAGUCAAACCUUUCUGCAAAUCUAACAUUACUGGAACUGGAAAUCAGUUUAGCUCUAUCAGUUUCUUCCUUCUCAGGGAAGAAAAUGGCUGCCAUUACUUAAAAAAAAAAAAAAACAAGGGAAAAAAAAGUAUUAAGCUGUGUUUCCUUCUCACCGUUAAAUGUUUAAACAUCCAAAGGUUAUAAAUGCAUUCCUGUUAUAAUGUGAUUACUUUGGAAGCGUGUACGUUUAGCGUGUGUGCUUGUGGUGUGUUCACACUGGUGAGAUGUAGUGCACUAUUUAUUACCGUCGUAUACCUCUGAGAAUAACGUGUGGAACACUGGACACACCAAGCGAGAACACAUCUACGCCUGCGGCUGUUCGAUUCCGGAGUCGACUCGGAUUCUGAUGGGAAUCGAUUCCAUGAGUCGACUCGGAUUCUGGUGGGAGUCGAUUCCAUGAGUCGACUCGGAUUCUGAUGGGAUUUGACUCCGGAGUCGACUCGGAUUCUGACGGGAGUCGAUUCCAUGAGUCGACUCGUCCUUAGAAUUUUCUCCAGUCCAAAAAAGACAGGGGGGAAAAAGAUUAGCAGUGCAAUAUUCAUUAAGUGCAUGAGACAGCUUCAAACGUGCCGUUACAACAGGAGUUUGACAGUUAGAGAACAUCUCAGCAACGGCUUAGCAAACAUGAAUUUAUGUUAGCAAAACGUUCAACCUAGUGUUCAAAAUAAUUGGCAUCAGCGAUCUUUCAGCGCGCAUUAAAAAGUUAUCGCAGGUCAACUCUGGAAACUAGCUAGCUUGUUACUAGAUGUUUGAAGUCUCUGUGAAAUGCACAGCGUUAUCCGACGUGUUGAUGUAAUUUCCACUGAAAAAGGAAGUUAGAACAGGACAAUAGCUUUUAGCUUACCUCACAGCCCAGGCUAAGCCGUACUUAACAGUUAGCACCAUGGAUUAUUAUCAUGUUGGGGGCGGGACACUUCAGGCACUUCCAUAGAGCAUUUGAUUGGAUUUCAUUUUGAAUUUGUAUGUCUUCUAAAUGCUAAUUUUGUCACUGUUUUGGAGCACACUAGCUUAUAAAUAACCUUAAGGUGAACAUAUUUAUACUAAAAGCCACAAAACUGUCAUUUUGAUUUCAUGUGGACUUUAAAGCGACUCCAUUGUUGUCUAGUCUGUUGUUUAAUUCGAACAUUUCGAGAUUUAGCGAAUGCUAGUUGAAUUAGAAUAGCUAAUUGUAACGGGCUAGCUAAAGUGUGCCCGAUUAACUUCCGUCAACUCCCAUGUGGUUUGAUUGUUUGUUUACUUGUUUUUGUUGCAAACUGAACAUUUUAUUUCGUUUUUGCGAGUAAAAUACAGCCGUCGGGCUGCGAGGGCGUGUAGAUGAGGGACGCAGCUUCUGCAAACUACAUGUGGAGACAACUGUCAAUUCCCAGAUGCCUGGAAUCAGAGACCCCUUUUUCAACCCCUAGGCAAACUCCAAACGAAACUCAGGGAGCAUUCUAGAACGUUAAAUUGGGCUUGUUCUAGAACAUAAACUAAUUGGUAUUCUCUUGUUAAUCUACGAAUCAUUCUGGAACACUAAACCAAGGAGUGUUCUGCUGUAGAAUGCUGCCUAGUUUACCUUUCUAGAGUGUUCUAGAACUCUCCUUGGUUUAGCACUACAGAACGCUUCUUGGUGGUUCUUCUAACGAUGGUUCUCAUAAAGAUAUGUACAGAUGCAUUCAGUCACUUUAAGGAAAGUUCUCUGGCAUAUUUUUUUUUUUUUAUAUUAAUGCCCUACACAUACUACAGGGAACUUCCUAGAACUCUGUGUGUGUGUGUGUGUGUGAGAGAGAGAUGGAGAGUUUUGGGAAUCUAUAAAAUGUUCAUCAUCUAUUUACUUUAUUAAACUCUUGAAUGCGUAGAAGAUUGCCGUGCGUGUUCACGCCAAGUCCUUUAUAAACCUCUUUCCUAAAGGAAAUACUCUGUCAGUUUCGUUUUAUAAAUGAUGUUCUUGGCUCAUUGUAUUUAUAAUGAUACAAGUGUGUAAUAAAAUUGUUCUCUUUUUUUAAACCAUCUGUGUUUGAACUUUUUACACACACACACACACACACACAAAUACUAAUCAAAUGUCAGAAACCCUGACAGCUUAUUGUUUAUCCAUUGCUAGCUAGGUAGUGGGCAGACCUUGUUCCACCAAAGCGUGUUGAGGCUGAAGUUGAGGCUUUGGAAAGGUGCUGGGAGGUGAAGGUGAGGUGUACUCCCAUGAUUGUGCACAUUUACUAUAUCUGCAUCUCAAAAUUAUGUGUAAAGGACAAAAACACAAUAAAGUUGAAGGUUAAUCCCUAAAUAUCCACCCAGUAAUUUUUGGAACUGAGCAGCUAAG